AUGAAAGGUAGUAAUUUACUGAUAGAAGUGUGUUUGGUAGUCAUAUGGUAUUACCUGGGGACUACGGUAGCCCACACUGAGAAUCUCUCUGAUUGCAAAUUAGAGUACUUUCAAGGAUUGACGAAGGAUUUGAAGAGAUUUGACAAUUCUGACCUAUCAAAGUAUCAGAACGUUGCAUCUCGACUGGAUAAUUGCCUUAGCGACUCUAGGAGAGACCUAUAUAUGUUCAAAAAUGAAAUAUAUUAUAAGAUCGGUCUCAUUCAUUUAUCGAUGGGUAACGACAUGAAGGGAAUGAAUGCAUUCGAAGAAUUGAAAGAUUUGGGCGAUUCAUACUAUAAUUUGAGUAAAGAUAGAUUAAGCGAUUUAUAUACUGAGUUUGGUCUAUGGGAUCGUUUAAAAUUGUUGUUACCAGAUGACGAUACCGGAGAUAUAUUUCGAAGUUUGAAUUCGACUCUCCACGAAAAGAUCAAUGAUCCAUCCAAGUUAUCUACCAUUAACGAUGAAUUAGUACCAAUGUUAAACAUUUCUCCAUAUGAUAUUAAUACGUUGACAAUAAGGGCCGAUUUCUUAUUCCACCAAUUAAUUGAAUCUGAAAAUUUCAAUGAUUUAACGGCGGCUUACGAAAUUGCAAGAAUAUACGAAACAAUCCUGGAAAAACAUAAGAUUACAUUAUCUUUAGAUAAAAGAAUUCAAAUGCAUUAUACUAUUUCUUUGUUACAAUUAUUAAUUCUAAAUAUUGAGCCGACACAACAUAUCCGAAAAUGUUUAGCGAUAGAUAUGGACUAUAAACCAUGUAAAGAUUUAAGUCUAUUGGUAUCAAGAUUAAGUAAGAUAAACCCAACAAGAGCACAGUUAUUGGAUACAGAGACAUAUGUAUCGAAAACCGAUAUUGAUUGGAAUAAAGUUAUUGAUUAUUACAUGACACAAAAAAGAGAUGGUAUUAUCAAUUAUGAAUGGAUUAACAGUAAAAUUGUAAAACUAAUAAAUGAUAACACUGACUUACUGGUGACAAAUAGAGCAGCUACAAACCAUUUAUUUGAAACCACCAAAAAAGGGCCGCUUACCGUAAAAGCUGAUCAUUUUGCUUUCUUCAAGUAUUUGGAUAUCAUAUUAUGCCAAGCCAAUAUGGAAUUGUCGUUAACUAAAGGUAAAGAUAGAGACCAUUAUAAGAAGGACAUGGAUCGUUUCUGCAAAAAAACUCUGAAGGAAACAUUAACUCCAGAAGAAUGGGAUAAUUUUAUAAAUGUCCUAAACAAAAAAGAUGCCCAAAUAUCUGAAGAAUUCAUGAAUAAAAUAUGGAAUAUGUAUCCAACAUUAUCCAUAUAUAUGAUUGGUAAAAUUAUUUCUAGGAAAACGUUCAAACAAUUUAAUGGUCAAUUACAGGACUUGCUUAUUAAAUUCUUUAAUGAUAAUAGUCUCUUCAAUACUAUGAACCCUUUUAUCCAGAAAGAGGCGUCUGUCAUUCAGAAGAUCCAGAACAAGAAACAAAAGUUGAACGAGCAGAGACAAAGACAAAGACAACAACAACAACAACAGCAGCAACAAAGACAAUUUUUCCAACAAUUCGGUCAACAACAGCAACAUCAACAACGUGCACCACCUCCUCCACCAGCCCAUAACACAGAUAAAGAUUACUAUAAAAUCUUAAAUGUUCCAAAAGAAUCAAACUCCAAAGAGAUUAGAAAAGCUUAUUUGAACUUGACCAAAAAGUAUCAUCCAGAUAAACAGGGAAGUUUGUCUGAAAACGAUGAAAAGAAAAUUCAUGAAAAGAUGAGUGAAAUCAAUGAAGCCUAUGAAAUUUUGAGUGAUGAUAACAAACGUUCAGACUAUGACAAUAGCAGGAAUGGUGGCAGUGGCGGCGGCCAUAGACAGCAAGGUAACGGUAACGAUUGGUUCAACUUCCAAUCUCAAGGAAACCCAUUCCCAUUUGGUAACAUGAGAGGAGGUUUCUAA